AUGAGUAUGGAAUUCUAUUCAAAUUUAGACUCACGGCUUCUUGACCGACAAACACCAACUAUUUUUGAAAUUAUAUCGGCAGAAGAGUUAGAGAAUCUUCUCUCUCCAUCCAUACGAUAUGUGUUGGCAUAUUAUGCGACCAGGCAUCCAAGACAUCUGAUCAAGAUUCUUAAUCAUUUUGGAUCUUUAAAUCUUCUAAUCAGAGGUUUAAUUGAGUACAGAGUUUUGAGAACAUGGAACUCCACAUUCAUAGAGAAGUUUUAUGGUUUAAAGAGAGUUAACAGACCAGCAAUUGGCGAAUGGAUUACAAAAAGCAUUUCGGAUAUAUCCCCGAGAUAUGAGAAACUAAGGCGUUUAAAGAAAAAGCAGAUUUGGGGUACUCUUCUUGAGCUACUUCUCGUGCCGUACAUUAAAGAGAAGUUAGAUGUAUUAUAUGAACAUCUUCUUCCAGAAUAUCUUCUCAAUAAAUUAAAACCUCGCGAGAGUAUAAAGGAUUUUAUAAGGUACAGUUUUGUCAGAUUGUAUCCAAAGGUAGAAUUAACUCUACGAAUUCUCGACAUUGUAUACAAAAUCCUUUUUAUAUCAGGAAGAACAAAAAGUGCAUCACUAUUACAACAGCUCUUUGGCAUUCAGUAUGCCAGGUUCAGUUCAUAUGAUUAUCAGUUGAAUGAGAAAAGAGUGUCAAAAUAUCUAUCCUCUCCAAUCGAUCCGACAUCCAGGGUUAGACCGGAAAGUUCAACUGAAUCUUUACUAAGGAUGUAUUCAAAGUUUGUUCGUCCUCUAAAAAAGACGCUUCUAUUUGGGGCUGACACUGUAUUACCCGCUUCCAUAUUUAUUCUCAAGUUCCUUGAGUGGUGGAAUUCAUCUGAUGCAGUAAGCAACUUCAAGAAUGACAAGAAAGAGAAGAAGACACCCAAGCUGCCUUCAUUGUUACCAAACAGUAUGCUUGAGGAUAAAGGCGUUGCAGGACAACUAGCCACAACAAACGAUACGUGUCGUAUAUGUCAUGAAGCAAUAAAAAAUCCCGCUAUAAUCGAGACGGGAUACGUUUUUUGUUACCCAUGUAUCUAUAAUUUUUUGAAGGAUGGCGAUAAAUCCACAGGAGGGAGAUGUCCAGUAACAGGUAAGAAGCUUCUUGGUUGUAAGUAUAGUGAUACCAUGAAAGAGUGGAAGGUCACUGGCAUCAGGAGACUAAUUAUAUAA